UCAACAAUUUAGUUAAUUGAGUGGUGUGUUCGUAACUUGGAGGCAUUGUUUUGGAAUUAUGUCUACGAACCCGAAAAGGACAGUAUAUGUUGGAGGAUUAGCUGAAGAAGUUGACGAGAAAGUGCUUAAUGCCGCAUUUAUUCCUUUUGGUGAUGUAAUGGACAUACAGAUACCACUUGAUUACGAAACCGAGAAACACAGAGGUUUUGCAUUUGUUGAAUUUGAAUGUGCAGAAGAUGCAGCUGCUGCUAUAGAUAAUAUGAAUGAUUCAGAGCUGUUUGGAAGGACAAUUCGUGUGAAUCUUGCAAAACCUCAGAAAAUCAAAGAAGGGUCUUCCAAGGCCGUCUGGUCAGAUGAUACAUGGCUACAGGAGCAUGCUGGGAAGACACUGAACAAGGAUGGUGAGUCGGGGACAAAAGAAGGAACAGAGGAGUCUGAAAAGGAGGAGGAACCAGAGACUAAAAAACCAAAGAAGAACCCUCAAGUGUACUUUGAUAUCAAAAUCGGGAAGAACAGCAUCGGGAGAAUAAUAAUGAUGUUGCGAGCCGAUGUAGUUCCAAAGACAGCGGAGAACUUCAGAUGUCUGUGUACCCAUGAGAAAGGUUAUGGGUACCAAGGCAGCACUUUUCACAGAAUAAUUCCAGAUUUUAUGUGUCAAGGUGGAGAUUUCACGAACCACAACGGAACAGGAGGCAGAUCAAUAUAUGGAAAGAAAUUUGAAGAUGAAAAUUUCAUCUUAAAACAUACAAAUCCAGGCACUUUGUCAAUGGCAAACUCUGGCCAAAACACGAAUGGCUCACAGUUCUUUCUCUGCACUGCACGAACAGACUGGUUGGACGGUAAACAUGUUGUGUUUGGCCAUGUUAUAAGUGGCAUGGAUGUACUAAAGAAAAUGGAGAAAUGCGGAACUAAAUCCGGAACGCCAACAGAGAAAGUAAUAAUAUCCGCAUGUGGUGAGCUGGUGUAAUGCUUAUAAAUGUACAUACAUUAAUUACAACAAGUUUUAUAUA